GACCGCGCAUAUCAAUUUCCAUCAAUAUUAAAUUAGAAUCUUGAUUUAAACAGACGAUUUACUCCCAAGCAAAAUAAACCAUCAAACGAGGAAAAAAGAAGUCAAUAUGCCUAUCAAUGAUAAAUCAGGAGUUUCGGGUGGUGUUACUUGGGUGACUAGUACUGUCGGGAAUGGUGUCUCAGGUGUCACAAACACAGUCGGAGGUGUAGUUGGAUCUGUCGGAAGAGGAUUGGGAGAGACUGUAAAUGGAGUUACCGGAAACGCAGGUAAACCAGUAGGAGAUGGUAUCAAAGAUGUAGGAGAGGGCAUUGAAGGCGGAGCAGCACGUGUAGCGAAAGGAGUCAAGAAUGCGGGGGAGGGUCAACAUGGGCCUUUGAGAUGAGGACUAUCUUUUUUUGGUUAAGGGUUUGGGUAGCGUGUGGAUUUGAUAUGAUACCAAUGCUUAUUUUCUAAAUGGGUCGUCGUGUAGAAAUAUAUGACAAAUUUGUUGUUUGAGAUAACAAUCCUCAUUUGAUACUUAUCUAUUCGACCGGAAUUUUCCAUCGCA